UGUCUGUGUACAUAUAUGUGUGUGUUAGCUAGUGUGUUUUUGUGAUCAACAAGUAUGGCGUUACAGAGGAAAUUACUAAGUGGAUGUGGAAAGUAUGGGUGGUUAUCCUACGAGGGUACGUUGAGACGUUUUUCCGGGCAAACGGUGGCGCCACCGGAACUGCCACCGUUUGAGUACCAACCAAAGGCAUAUAAAGGGCCAUUGGCGGAUGAGGUGUUGGCGAAAAGACAAAAGUUUUUGGGUCCUUCCCUCUUCUAUUUCUACCAAAAACCUCUAAAUAUUGUUGAGGGGAAGAUGCAAUAUCUGUAUGAUGAGAAUGGAAGGCGUUAUCUUGAUGCUUUUGCUGGAAUAGUUACUGUCUCAUGUGGUCACUGUCAUCCUCAAGUGUUGGAUGCCAUCAUGGAGCAAAGCAAGCUUCUUCAACAUGCUACAACAAUAUAUCUACAUCAUGCGAUAGGCGAUUUUGCUGAAGCAUUGGCAUCUAAGAUGCCAGGAAAGCUAAAGGUAGUAUAUUUCGUAAAUUCAGGGACAGAAGCAAAUGAAUUAGCAAUGCUGAUGGCACGAUUGUACACUGGUAACUUAAAUAUGAUUGCCUUGAGGAAUGCAUAUCAUGGCGGAAGCGCAAACACAAUUGGGCUAACUGCUCUUAACACAUGGAAGUACCCUAUUCCACAGGGUGAAAUCCAUCACGUUCUGAAUCCUAACCCAUAUCGUGGAGCAUUCGGAUCGGAUGCUAAACGAUAUGCUGAAGAUGUACAGGAUCACAUUGAUCAUGGUACUUCAGGAAAGGUUGCUGGUUUUAUUGCUGAAACAAUUCAGGGGGUUGGAGGAGCAGUUGAACUAGCCCCUGGAUACUUGCAGUUGGUUUACGACAUUGUUCACAAAGCGGGAGGUGUUUGUAUUGCUGACGAAGUACAAACCGGCUUUGGUCGCACAGGGAGCCACUACUGGGGUUUUGAGACACAGGGUGUGACUCCUGAUAUAGUUACAAUGGCAAAGGGUAUUGGAAAUGGUUUACCACUUGGAGCUGUUGUCACAACGCCAGAAAUUGCAAGUGUUAUGGCUCAAAAGAUACAAUUUAAUACAUUUGGGGGAAACCCUGUUUGCUCUGCUGGUGGACAUGCAGUACUCAGAGUUAUUGAUAACGAACAACGCCAAAAGCAUUGUGCUGAGAUUGGUUCACACUUGAUUGGGCGGCUCAGGGAUCUAGAGAAAAGACAUGACAUAAUUGGAGAUGUGAGAGGCAGGGGUUUAAUGGUUGGUAUCGAACUUGUAACCGACAGAAAAGAAAAGACACCCGCCAAGGCAGAAACUGGAGUUCUCUUUGAGAAGCUUAAAGAUCUUGGUGUUCUAGUAGGGAAAGGUGGUUUACAUGGAAAUGUUUUCAGAAUAAAGCCUCCCAUGUGUUUCAGCAAGGAUGAUGCAGACUUCCUAGUUGAUGCACUGGACUAUUCUAUGUCAAAGUUGUGAGAAUCUAUCAUAUUGUUGUGAGAUUGCUCAGUUGAUUCUCUUUCAACCAAAGGACACAGCUUAUUUUCCACUACAAUAACAAUGUAAAAGAAAGCAAGUGAUGCUAAUAAAUUCCUCUUAUUUUAUUCCUCA